AUGAAUCAAGAAAUUCACAUUAUUAUUGAGUAAGAUGAACAGAAAAAUGAUUCAUUUAUUUUAAACUAAUUUGACCUUAAGCACGACUAAUUGAAUUUCACAAGUUUUGUUGAAGUUUAUUCUGAACUUGAAAACUAUAAUCUCUAAACUGUAGAAAAUUCUAAUGAGGUUGCAUAAUUUUCAUCAUAAUGCUUGUAAGAGAUUAGAAGUAUGUUUGGAUCAGAUCAAACAAUAUAGAAAUCAUUAAACUACAUUAGAUUGUCAAAAAGGAUAACAAAGAAUAAAAUUGAAAAUCUUGUUCCUAUAGCAAUUAUUUUAACAUUUAGUAAAUCUAAUUCUGAUAAUGAUAUCAAAAGAUCUAAGUUUAAUGAUCCAGUACCAAUAAAUUAUUAUGUCAAAGCUAUGGAGUUUAUUUCAAAAAAUAUAUCUACCUCCAAUGGUAAACUUAUGCCUAUGUUUUACGUCUUUUCAGAGAAUUUUGAGAUUGCUAAAAACAUAUUUAAUAACAUGGCAAAUGUUUACAUUAUUAAAAGCUAAAAUCUUUCAGAAGUUUAGCAGCUAUAAUUAAUGAUUAAAUGCUAACAUUUUAUCCUAUCAAAUAAUUCUCUAGACUGGUGGGCUGCUUUUCUAAGCAAAAACCCAGGUAAAAUAGUUAUCUAGCCUUGGUAUUUUCCUAUAAAAGUACAUGGAUAAGAGUAAAUUACAACCAUUAGUUAAAUCUUCAAAACUUUGAAUACUUAAGAAUCCUGGUAUUCAUUAAAUUAAUUUUCAAUUAAUGAAUCACCUAUGAUAAUAAAAGAUUAACAAAAUAAGGAAAGAGAAUAACAGCCUUACCAAAUUUAUGAGAGUUAAAAAGUAAAGGAAUAAAUAAAUUUAGAUUCUUUUGAGGUUUAAAUUGAUUAAAAAUCUGCAAUUAAAACUCUAAUAAGAUAACAGCAUGAUAAAAAUAUUAUUUUGAAGAAGACUAAUCUGAAUGAGAAAUAAAAUUAGACAAAUAAUGGGAUCUUAGUGUUAUCACGAUUUAAAAAAGAUGGUAUAGGAAAUUAGCUUUUUAGUUAUACUGCUGGAUUUGUCCUAGCUUAAAAACUUGGCUAUGAUUUUUACUUGGUAGAUGAGGUACUUGAUUUAAAGAGAGAAAGAAAUUUUAAUGAGGACUCAAGGGACUUCAUGCUCAAUUAAUUUGAUUUGGUCUAUAGCAAGAUAAUAAGUGAAAAAUAAGCCAAGUAAAUUUUAUCAUAAGGUUAUGAAACAAUAGGUGCAAAAAAUUACAAAGAUUUCUUUAAUAACUAAACGCUGCCUCAUUCUAAAAAUAUUAACUUAAUUGGCUAUUUCUUAAAUACUUAAUAUUUCAAAAAUAACCCUGAAUAGGUGAAAGCAAUGAUUAGAUCGGAUGCUAACUUAAAUAAAAGCAAUGAAUAUAGAAUUUGGAAACAAUAGAUUUUAAAAACAAUGGGAGUUGCUGUACAUUUUAGAAUAGGUGAUUUAGCUAAUUAUUAUGAUAAUGAAAAUAGGGUAAUUUCAUUGACCUAUCAAAUUAGAGCAAUGCAUUUUGUUGCUGAUAAAAUUAAAGAAUAUUCCUAAGAACCUCCAGUGUUUUAUAUCUUUAGUGAUGAUUAUAAUUUAGUCUCAAAGGUAUUUAAGAAUACUGAAAAUGUAGUAAUUGUAUCUAACGGAACACUUAAGAGUGUUGAAGAAUUAUUCUUAAUGAUGAGCUGUAAACAUUUCAUUCUACCAACUACAUCUUUUAGUUGGUGGCCAGCUUUUGCUUCUGAUUAUAAACAUAAGAUAGUUGUAGCAUCAGAGUUUGAUUGGCCUCAUUAAUAUGAUUUUGAAAAUUUCCAAAAACCAUAAUCAUAUCCUAAGAUGAGAGACAAAACUAAUUUUGAAAUGGAUAGACAAAGUGGAUGGUAUGUAAUAAACUAAUUUGUAAUUUCUUUCAAACCUCCAAGCUAAAUAAAAUGA